AAUUAUGUAUUCAAGCAUAUGAUGAAUCUUCUUCCUUCACCUCUGCUCUCUGCCAUUUUCCUCUUCAUCUUGUUCUUCUUCUUUGAUAGUAGUACUUUUGUCUCUGCAGCAGGAGAUUAUUGUGCUCCAUCAUCAUGUGGGAACCUCACAAACAUUAGACAUCCUUUCCGUCUCAAAGACGAUCCUCCCAACUGUGGCAAUCCAAACUAUGAGCUCACAUGCGAUCAUAUGAACCACACCAUCCUCAGUCUGCUCUCCAACAGCUACUACGUCACCAAUAUCACAUACUAUGACAGAGAUUAUUUCUAUGAUGAUGUCGAUUUUGACAUACAACUGAUGUAUGUUGGGAUGGUGAUCAAGUAUAAUAAUGGCCGAUGCAGCCAUCUUCCCCCUCCGGCCUCUCAUCUCACAUUCUCUAACCUGAGUACUAACAAGUACUACAUGACAUACACAUGGGUUACGUUGGUGAAUUGCUCAAAAGAAGUGAAGAACAAGUCCAUGCAUAACUACUGGUCUGUGCCUUGCUUGAGCCACAAUAACAACAACUCCUUCAUCUACCUCGUCCCAUCAAGGGUGUUGGUG